GAUUUAUUUAGAUUUAUGGCCGGCCUUGAAGCAGCUGCCAGGCUAAAACAAACUAAGCCUGUCCCACUUACUCUAAUCAACAGUUGGUUCGGCUGCCGCCUGACCAUGGCCCUGGCCCUGUUCGCCUAUAUGCCGUACAUAGCCGCCCAGUUCUAUCCGCGCUUCGAGACGCUCAUCCCGGCCGCGUUGAUGGUGGGCUUUGGCGGCGGUCCGCUGUGGUGCUCCAAGUGCACGUACCUGUCCACCGUCUCCGAGGCGCUGACCAAGGUGCGCGGCAGCGAGUCGCGCAAGGAUGUCAACACGGUGAAGUUCUUCGGGCUGUUCUUCAUCUUCUAUCAGAUGGCGCAGGUGUGGGGCAAUCUGAUAUCCUCCUCAGUGCUGACGCUGAGCGCCGCGACGCCGGCCAAUGAGAGUCUGCUGGAGCUGGAACUGGAGCCCCUCGAGGCGAGCAUAAGUCGCGUGGACGAGCUGUGCGGCGCUCGCUUUUGCCCUGGCAUCAGCGCGGAGGUGAAUCCCAACCUAGUGCCGCCGGCGCCCGAGCAGAUACAGCUGCUCAAUUCCAUAUUCCUGGCAUGCAUGGCCGGCGCGGUGAUUAUGAUGAUUUUUGGCGUUAGCUCGCUGAAGCGCUAUGGCGUUAAUCGCGGCGACACUGGGGAUGGCAUCUCCGGCCUGAAGCUCCUAACUGUGACCAUUAAUCUGCUGCGCAAACGCCGCCAGAUACUCAUGCUGCCCAUAACCAUGUUCAUUGGCCUGGAGGAGGCCUUUCUGGCCGUCGACUUUACACGCUCCUUCGUCGCCUGCGGCUGGGGCAUUUCCAAAAUCGGAUUUGCGAUGAUCUGCUUUGGCGUGGCCAAUGCGAUUGCCGCCGGCAUUGCGGGCGCCCUGGUCGAGCGCAUCGGACGUGUCACCCUGGCGGCCAUCUGUGCUGUGCUUAAUCUCUGCCUGCUCGGCUACAUGUACAGCUGGGAGGCGCGCGAGGGCGACUACCUCAUGUACUGCACCUUUGCGGCCAUUUGGGGCAUCUGUGAUGGCGUCUGGCUGGUUGUUGUCAACGCUUUUUAUGGCAUUCUGUUUCCCAACCAUCUGAUUGCCGCGUAUAGCAACUUUCGUUUAUGGGAGAGCACGGGUUCGGUUAUUGGCUACGUCAUCAGCUCCCAGCUGUGCACAUCCACCAAGCUGAUCAUUCUGAUUUGUGUCAUGGUCGUUGGAUGCGUGGGUUACGGCCUAAUUGAGUAUCGUGUGUGGCAGAAGCAAAAGAACUUGGAGAACAUGUUGAGCGACUGAUUGAUCUUUGACUCUGCCGCGCUUGCUUUGCUAAUCUACGUGCAUGUGAUAUUGCCAGUCUACACUAAGAGCAAUUAAGAACAAUGUAAUUAGUAUUAAUAAGUUAGUUUUUAUAUUUGU